AUGGUGUACACUGUUGUGAAUGAGGUGAACAGCAACAAAAGAGGAUCAAAGCGGGAGUUUAUGGAGAUUGGUCCUUAUUCACACAAGAAAACAAAGCAGGAACGAACGGCGAAGGUUCGCAGGGUGGUGGCGGCUGGCCCUCAACAGCCGCAGAAGUACCAUGAUACACUUACUUGGAACUGCCGUGGUCUCGGGUCGGACACGGUAGUUCGGGCCCUUUAUGGGCUAAUCAGAAAACACAGACCCGCUAUGAUCUUUCUCUCUGAAACCAAAAUGAAAGAUCAUAGAGUUGAUGGCGUUCGUAGGCGUUUGGGGUUUUCGAAGGGCUUUCAUGUCUCACCAAUCGGGAGAGCUGGGGGGUUAAGUAUGUGGUGGGACGAAUCGGUAGAUGUGGAAGUGGGGUUCUCUUCUAAGUACAGUAUUGAUGCUCGGUUUAAGCUUGUGGACUCUGAGGGUUGGACGCGUGUUACGUGGGUGUAUGGUACUUCAUAUCGGGCUGAGAAGGAAGCUUUCUGGGGGUGGAUGCAUACCUGGUUUAAACCAUCCAACAUUCCCUGGCUUUGCGGUGGGGACUUCAAUGAGAUACUCUGGGAUUAUGAGAAAUCGGGGGGGGCGGAUCUGAACUAUAAUAGGCCGUGGUUUCUGGAGGAGUUCCUUAACUCUUCGGAGUUAAUGGAUAUGGAAUUUAAGGGACCUCCGUUUACUUGGAGAGGUAUGAGAAAUGGGCAGCUCGUGGAGGAGAGAUUGGAUCGUGUUCUGUCAAACAAGCUGUGGCAGGAGUGUUGGCCAAACUCCUUGGUCAUUCACGAACCUGUUAUUGGGUCAGAUCACUGCCCCCUCAUUAUUCAGAGUCAGCCUCAUGGUCAUAAACCGAAGAAAGUGUUUCGAUUUGAAGCGUUCUGGGCAAAGGAGGAGAAAUGUAAAGAGAUUGUGGAAAGUUGUUGGAGGCGCCAGUAUUCAGGAGACGGUAUUGCGAGAUGGCAAAAGAAGAUGCACCAAUGCAGGUCCCAACUAUCCUGCUGGAGUAGAAAUGCCUUCAAGUCGAGAGGUAUCGAGCUCGAUUGUCUCCUAAAUCAGUUGGGGGAUCUUCAAUAUAAUUGGAAUCAAAACUUUGAGCAAAUUCAGGAGUUAACAGUGAGCAUUGGAAGACUAUGGGAGAUUGAGGAAAGCUAUUGGCUUCAACGAUCAAGGGUGAAGUGGCUUCAGGAAGGUGAUGCGAAUACUGCUUUCUUUCAUCAAUCCACUUUGCAACGCAGGAGAAGAAAUUGUGUAGUCAAACUCCAGGAUGGGAGGCAAGGAUGGGUGGAAAACCAGGAUUCUAUUCGCCAUACCUUCGAGGAUCAUUAUAUCAAUCUUUUCACCUCCUCGGGUCUAAGAGAUUGGGGACAGUCUCUGCACUGCAUCCAACAUAUGGUGAGUGAUCAGAUGAAUGAGGAGCUGACCAGGCCGGUCGGUGUGGAGGAAAUUAAACUAGCUGCCUUCCAAAUGGGUGGCCUUAAAGCCCCUGGUCCUAACGGGUUCCAGGGUAUUUUCUAUCAAACAUUCUGGAAUACUCUUCUUGAUGAUGUUAACUGUAUUGUGCAGGAUUACAUGCAGGGGGCCUGCUCCCCAAAACGUCUCAAUUCUACUUAUAUUGUGCUCGUCCCGAAAGUUAAGAAUCCUGUUUCUGUGGGGCAAUUUCGACCCAUCAGCUUAUGUAAUUACUCCUACAAGAUUGUCUCUAAAGUCCUUGCGAAUCGUCUCAAACCUAUCCUUCCGGAUUUGAUUUCUCCUAUGCAGAGUGCUUUCGUUUCUGGGAGACAAAUUCAGGAUAACAUUGGCAUUGCUCAUGAGAUGUUCCAUUUUCUGCAUUUGAGGAAAGCGAAAUAUAAGUUUGAAAUGGGGAUUAAGCUUGAUAUGCACAAAGCGUAUGAUCGAGUUGAAUGGGAUUUCUUGGAGGCGGUGAUGGAAAGGAUGGGUUUCUGUUCUCUUUGGAGGAACUUAGUGAUGGGGUGUGUAAAAACUGUUGACUUUGCGGUGAUUCUUAAUGGUCAACCAGGGAGGAAGUUUACUCCAUCACGGGGUAUCCGUCAGGGUGAUCCUUUAUCUCCGUACCUAUUCAUCCUUGUGAAUGUUCAGAAAUCCUGUAUGUUCUUUGGUGCAAAUGUUCCCAAUAGCCUCUCUGCUGAGCUUUGCACUGUGAUGGGAAUGCCAUCUGCGGAGAACCCCGGACUGUAUCUUGGCCUUCCUUCAUCCUGGGGCCGUUCAAAAAAACAAAGCCUGGCUUUUGUUAAAGGGAGGAUUUUGGAGAAAAUUCAAGACUGGAAGCAGAAUACGCUCUCACAAGCCGGAAAAGAAGUGAUGAUUAAGGCUGUGCUUCAAGCCAUCCCCGCUUACCCUAUGAAUUUUUUUAAAUUUCCGGCAACUUUAUGUUCAGAGAUGGAUUCUUUAAUUGCUGCUUUCUGGUGGGGUCAGAAAGGUGGGGAAAAGAGAAUUCAUUGGGUCUCCAAGGAUUUGUUGGGACUCCCUAAGCAAGCAGGGGGGAUGGGCUUUAGAGGUUUUAAGGAAUUCAAUGAUGCUCUACUUGCUAAGCAAUGUUGGCGUCUUAUUCAGGAUCCCGAUUCAUUGUGGGCAAAAAUCCUCAAGGCUAGAUAUUUCCCUAACGGUUCUUUUCUUGAUGCUAUUCGUGGGGGAAGGGCGUCCUGGGGCUGGUCCAGUUUACUUGUUGGUCGCGAAGUUCUCUUGCAGGGAGCCCAUUGGCAAAUAAUGAAUGGUAGAACGACCCGUGUGUGGAUGGACAUGUGGAUUCCCUCUAUCCCUGAGGGACAUCCAUUGCCGAUUUCAGCGGUUCCGGUGUCCAGGAAUCUGAGAGUGGGUACUCUCAUCAGUGACUCUUCGGGUACUUGGGACCUGGACUUCCUUCAGCCUUUCAUUUCUCCUGAGGACUUUUCCGCAAUCCUGGAUACUUGUAUUGGUGACCCAUUAUUGGAGGAUCGGCUUGUUUGGCCGGGUACUAGAAAUGGGAUUUAUACUGUGAAGUCAGGAUAUCACUGGAAGAAAGCUUGCUCGAUGCCCUUUACUGGUCGCGGCACCUCCUCCUCCUACUUAAUUCAUUCUAAGGUUUGGAAAGCUAUAUGGAAAUUGGCGACUCCUCCUAAGAUUCGUAAUUUUAUGUGGAGGGCGUUACAUCGUGCCCUUGCUACCAUGGAUGUGCUGUUUAUCCGUCGCUGCUCCCCUUCCCCACUUUGCCCUAUUUGCCAUGCUCAAGAGGAAUCUGUGGAACACUUGUUCUUUUUGUGCCCGUGGGUUGAGCCCAUUUGGUUUGGUGGCAGCUUAAGCUAUAGGGUGAACAGGGAAAGCUUUUCUUCUUUGGCUGCUUGGCUGGCUUCUUUCUUCGAGGCCCAGUUGGGGUCUAAGGAUGAAAUAAUGCGGCUCCUGUCCUAUGCAGCGUUUACUUGCUGGCAUAUUUGGAAGGCCAGGUGUGCUCUUAUUUUCAAUCAAAAGAAACCAUCACCUCAGCAGCUCAUUUUGGCUAUUUCAAACUCUGUUGGAUCUUUUUUGGAGGCCUCUUGUGCGCCUAUGGGUCUUGUCCGGUCCUCUCCUCCUGUUUCUCCCUCUUUGGAUCGUUGGUCCCCUCCGUAUGCCCCUUUCUGGAAAGUGAAUGUGGAUGCCAGUUGGACAAUGUUAUCAAAAAGGGGGUUUGCUGGAGUGGUUAUUCGGGACCAUGAGGGCUGCUUUGUGGCGGCUCGGAGGAUGGAAAUUUUGGCAGCUAAUGCUGAAGCGGCGGAGGCUUAUGCAAUUCUCUGUGGUUGUGAAGUGGCUGUUUCGUUGGGAUUGCCUCAGUGGAGGAGGCGACGUCUAGCUCUUGGGGCAGCGUCUGUUGGUGUUUGUACCCUCCUCCUCUGCUUUGUGUCUGUUGUUUCCUUUGUUGCUCCUCUGUGUGGGCUUCCUGUUCUCUUUGGCUUUGGCCCUGGUUUUGAAUGA